UGCAACGUUAGCUUAGAUGACAGCAUCAACUCAGUCAGCACAUUCACCAUGCAGCACACAACAGGAGUGCUUUCAUUUUUAAAUACCCAAGUCUUCAUGUGAAAGUAGGGGGGAACAAACCUAAACAGAACCACCAUGUGUUGUGCUCAUUGUUGUGCUUGACAAGCUAGCUUUGGCUUGAUUAGCUUUAGCUAACAGUUUGGUUUGGAGACAUUGCAUAACACUCACGCAAGCUAACAAAGUUAGCUAACAGUUAGCUAGUUCGUUAACGUUACCUGUGUCACGGCGGAUAAAUGACACGGAAACAGAAAACGUAGCGUACCACUUAAAACACCUGGUGGACUAAUGCAGCGGUUAAUCUAUGUCAUGUAACUUACUUGUACGAAGGCCGACGGUACGCGAUAUCUCACAGCUUCACCUUCAGAAAGGAGGUAACUAGCAUGAACUCUCGUGUUCGCUUUUGAUACUAAUAAAACUCGCGUGAAUACCAAGAGUUAACAGAGGCUUCUGGGAAAUAUAGUUUUUUGUAACAACGGCGGGAAGCGAAUGACACUAGCAGCGAGAGACCAUAACUAACCUCUGCAAGACACCAACUAACACAUUUGUUCAACAAAUAGAGAGACCAGAGCAUCUAUGAAUGGACAUGACAUCAUCAUCAUCAUCAUCAUGGUCUUCAUCGGCCACGGCAGCUCAUGAUGAAAAAAAUAAAAUAAAGGCAUCUCUCAUGAUGGAGCAGGCAGUGCCUCCUGAAGGAGGCAGGCACUGCUACGACUUUGGAGCACAGUGAUAUCGUCCGCUUGUACAACUUUUCCACUGGAUGUUACACAGAAAUCUGCCCCCUGAAGGAGGAGAGGUGUAGGGCCACAGUACAAGUCCCUAUCGUCUGUCAUCUCCUCUUCAUGUGUGCACAAAGCAGCGUCUAGGAAAGAAGUCAGCAGCAGCAGCAGCAGCAGAGGGAAGAUGGCCUGUGUGUUCGGCUGAUCGGAGGGGACCAAAGACUGGGCAUGGAGAAUCUAAAAGGUCCCGUCGCGGGAUCCACCUCAGCCACCUGUGGAUGGAGAGCCAUGCUUCUUCCACAGCUGAACAGGCAGUCCCUGUACGUGUACGGCAGCGAGAUGGCCGUGGAGCAGGAGUGCAUCCGGCAGCUGCAGAGCGGAGUCUUUGUCAUCCACCCGUUCAGCCUCAUGAGGAGUUACUACAUCAUGUGUAUGAUGGCCAUCACAUUUCUGAACCUAAUAGGGAUUCCCAUGGAGAUUGCGUUUCUGGACGGACACAGUGGGCUGGCAUGGGAAGGAUUUAACGUGUUUUCAGACACGCUGUUCCUGAUAGAUGUGGCCCUAAAUUUUCGUAUGGGCAUCAUAGCAGAGGACGGCGAGGAAGCUAUUCUGGAUAUCAAGCGGAUUCGAGUCAGUUACCUGAGGACAUGGUUCAUACCGGACGUUAUAGCUGCUUUCCCAAUCGGCUACAUACUGCUGUUUGCGGACUUACAAUACCAAAACAAUGACAACCCGUCUAAAACCAACAAGAUGAUGAGAAUACUGAUGUUCGUGCGGAUCCUCAGCUUGAUCCGGCUGGCUCGAGUGUCCAGACUGGUCAGGUUCUUCAACGAAGUGGAGAAAGUGUCUAAUGCCAACUUGGAGGUGGUCCGCCUCUUCUUCCGCAUCUUGUCUCUGUUCAUGAUGAUUUUCCUGCUCUGUCACUGGAACGGCUGCAUCCAGUAUUUUGUCCCCAUGCUGGAGGAGUUUCCCACCGACUGCUGGGUCCGGAAAGAAAACCUGAUGAAUGCCACAGUGAUCGUGAAGUACUCUUGGGGAGUUUUCCGAGCGCUCUCCCAGAUGAUCGCUCUCUCUUAUGGCUCCAUGGAUGCACCAACAAAUUACGUUGAAAUGUGGAUCGUCAUGGUCAGCAUGGUGUCCGGCUGUCUGAUGUACACCGUCCUCGUGGCAAACGCUACAACCAUGAUCGCCAACAUCGACCCAGCAGCCAAGGAGUACAAGAGCAAGAUGAGCCGUUUGGAGCACUACAUGGGCUUUAUGAAGCUCCCACCAGAGCUGCAGCUUCGUAUCACCAACUACUACCAGGCUCGCUACGGAGGGAAGUGGUUUCAGGAGAAGGACGUCAUGCACACAGUGUCCUCAGCGCUCAAAGAGCAAAUCCUGAUGGUGAUGUGCAGCCGGCUACUAAGAAAAGUGCCAAUGUUUCAGACCAGAGACGAAAACUUUAUCAACGCCGUCCUCCUCAAACUGGACUACGAGGUUUUCCUGGAGGGAGACGCCAUCGUGCGACAGAACGUCCCAGGCGACCGCAUGUUCUUCAUCGACCACGGCCAGGUCGUCAUGGAGACCGAUUCCUAUGAGAGGGAACUGUGUGAUGGAGACUUUUUUGGAGAGACAUGUGUGCUGACCAAAGGCAAACAUCUGGCCACAGUGAAGGCGCUGACCGACUGCCAGUGCUUCUCUCUCUCCUGGGACGACUUUCAGGAGGUGCUGGAGGGCUUCCCAGAUGUCAAGAAGGACUUAGAAAAAGUGGUUCAAGUCAACGCUGAUGAUGCACUCGUGUAAGACCAAAAACUAGACUUUUAUUUUAUUUUUUUUACUGUAUGAAAAGGACAGGGGAUAUGGAUACUUCCAGGACAUUUUAUGUGAUUAUGUGAUGGACAGUACUGUACGACUGUUGCUGAUUCCUCAUGUGGACACCAGUUGGACACUUCUUUGCGGAUGAGAUGGACAGUAUUAGAGCAUUUUAUUCUGACAGGUAAUUAUACAGUCUCCUGAUCCAUCAGUUAUCAGCAAUAAUCAAAGACCUCAACAGUAAAAACGGGUCAAACGUUUGAUCUCUGCUUCCUUGUUGAUGCUGCAAUUUAGCAUUGAAGUCAAUGCAUACCUUAGUAAAAAAACAAGAAAGAUCUGUCUUAAAGGGGAAUUCUGGUUUCAUAUAACUUGGGCUUUACUUUCCUAGUUUUGGCCAUCAUUCCUAUAAAUAAAAACAAAAGACUGGGCAAGAAA